UAACAUUGUCACAGUCUCCUCUUGUCUCAGUAACUUAAGUAUUACUGCUGCUGCUGGUGAGUACACACACCAUUUCUACUCUGCUCUGUCAGACAGACAUUAGUUGGACGUCUUUUGGACUUUCCUCUGUCGGAGUUUGUCUGAACUUUCUUUGUUGUGUGAUUCAGAUGAGCGUGUGAGGCUGGUGUGAAAAUGAAGUGCUCCCUGGGUAUUUGUCUGCUGUUCGGCUCCGCUCUGAUCGGACUCGGAUCGGCUAUCCGCUGUUUCAGCUGUAAGGACUACACGGCCAGCUGCUCCAAACAGCGAGAGUGUAGCUAUGACGACGCCUGUCUCACACUCAGCGAGAGAGGAGGGAUGACGUACCGUCAGUGUCUGAAGUAUUCUGACUGUGAGUACGGCCGGCUGGCCCAGAUGUUCCCCCAGGUUUCCAGUUUCACCUUCAAGUGCUGCAACUCUGACCUGUGUAACUCCGCCCCCUCGUCUGCAGCGAGCUCUCUGAUUGGUCUGCUGGCCGCGGCCGCCGUGAUGUGGUGGUGCGUCCACUGAUACACCACAACAACAACAACAACAACAACAACAACAGCAGCUUCGCUAACAGCGUCAGAAUCACACAACGUUAAAACUAAUCUCAUCUAGUUCAGACAGACAGACAGGCAGACAGACAGACAGACAGACAGACAGACAGGCAGGCAGACAGA